AUGCUCUUGUGUUUCUGGUCUCAGGUUGAGAAGAAUGAAGAGGCCGAUCAGGAGAUCAAGCAGGAUGGAACCAAACCGGAGGAGAACGCCCACAAGGCUGCCACCAAGAUCCAGGCCAGCUUCCGCGGACACAUCACCCGGAAAAAGAUGAAGGACGGAGAGAAAGACGAGGAGAACGACGCCGCUCCGGACGAGUCCGCCGAGGCCGAGGAGGAGAAGAAGGAGCGAGUCUCUCCAUCGGAAGAGAAACCUGCUGAGGUUUCCACGGAAACAGCAGAAGAGAGCAAACCGGCCGAGCAGCCCAACUCGCCAGCCGCAGAAGCCCCGCCCACCGCUGCCACUGACUCCGCCCCCUCGGACACGCCCACUAAAGAGGAGGCGCAGGAGCAGCUGCAGGAGGCGGAGAAUCCAAAAGAGGUGGAGAACACGGCAGCCGAGAACCCCGCCCACGAUGUAAACGCACAGGAGGAGGAGAAGAAAGAGGAGGAGAAGAAGGAGGAAGCCAAACAAGCCGAUGUGCCUGACGCUGCAGAGAGCCAGGAGGCAGACCAAAUAGACAAAAAAGAGGCCGUCGAAGACUCCAAACCAGCAGAGGAGGCCGUUUCAGACGAGAAUGUUUAACAGAUGACCAGUGAAAUGUAAAAUCCUAAGUAACCGACAGACUGCUCUUGAUGAUGAAGACGGUCUGUUUUUAUGUUUGUCCUCUCUUUUCUGGUGUGGCAAUGAUUUUCUGAGGUGUGGAGGGAGUUUUCCAGUGCGGAUCGAUCUCUUCAUCCAUCCGUCUGAAGCUCAUCGCAUGAGAAUCUUUCCUCCAGAGACGAGAACCUUCUCACACGCACCCAACUAAUACAUGUGGCUUCUUUUAGUGUCCUUGGUGUUGUUAUGAGCGUUUAAUUGGAGAUAUUGCUGCACUGAUGUUAAAAAUCGAGAAAAUCCAACAAAAAGAAAAUGCGCCAGCCUUUCUGUUCAAGUGAGUUUGAAUCUAAGGAGUAAAAUCGUGGAAAAUGGUUUCAUGUCUGUUUUCAAAAUAAAGAAAUGUGC